AUGCUCUUCACCUUCUCUGCCGCAGUUGCAGCCUAUGCUACGCUCACAUCGGCCGCCACCAUAAAACACUUGCCUCGUACAGUGACGUCGCUAAACGGGGAGGCGACGGUCGAGGCGCACCAGCGGGACAACGGUGCCACCCGGGCCUUUUCCAGCGUCCAGAUCAAGACGUCAGAUGGCAAGUGUCUAUCCGUCGACAAGUUCUCAGGCGACUUCCGGGCCAACCUCACCCCAAUCCAGGUCUCCGAGUGCGGGAGCACAGACGGCCAGAACUGGGAUGUCAUCACAAGUGGGCUCCACAACGACGUGCCUGGGUCGGCGCUCGUCGUCAGCACCCUGACGCAGGCCUGCUUCAACUUUGACCCUCGCCGCAAGGCUGGCAACCAGGCUCUGCUGUUUUCGUGCGGCGGCCGCGCCGACGGCAGUGGCAAGGUGACCAACUCGCAGCUGUUUCCAUUUACUGGAGGCGCGGGCCCGCUCACGUUCCGUCCCGACAAUUCUCCAGAGACAUGCUUCACGGUCAAGGGCAAUGUCAUUGACGUCGCGCCCUGCCAGACUGGCGAUGCCAGUCAGACUUUCACUCUGGGCGGCGCCGCAAGCAACGGCAACAAUAACAACGGCGGAGCUGGCAGCGGCGAGGCAGCAAAUCCCACCGGGACCAAGGACAGCAGCGCAACGGCGAGACCCACAAGCCGCCCGGCGACGGAGCAACCCGCCGCAGCGCCAACGGCUGCCCCGGGAAGUGGCGGUGGGAGCGGUGACGCCGUCGUGGCAAUUCCUAACCCGACGGCCGCCGUGCCCGUCUCACGAGCAGGUGGGACCCUCAACCCGACCGCGGCUGCAGAGGCCAACGAACGGGACAGCACGGCGACGCGAGCCUUCACGAGCGUCUCUAUCCAGACGUCCAGCGGCAAGUGCCUGUUCGUGGACCCCACCGCCGGCGACUUUCGACAGAACCUGAUCCCCGUUUCCCUGGUGGACUGCUCCGGCACCCCGAACGAAAAGUUUGAUCUGAUAACGGCCGGCAAGCACAACGACGCCAAGGGGGCCGCGCUUCUGGUCAGCAGCCUGACCAACGGCUGCGUCUCCCCGGACUCGAGGAGGCAGCCGGGUGACACGGUGACCGUGUUUAGCUGUGGCGGAAGGGCAGCUGGCGAGGGUGGAACGAACUCGGGGCAGACUUUCCCCUUCAACGCGACACAGACGUCCUUUGAAUUUGCCCCUAGGAGUGAUAACGGGAAGCUUUGUGUCAUUCCAGGCAACGGUAGGCUUGAGGUGGGACCGUGCCCGGCUGAUGGGAGCCAGAUUUUCAAAAUUGUCCAGUAG